CGGGGGGGGGGAGACUCUCCAGGCCCAGCCCUCCGAGCUCCUGCCAACGUGGGGGUGGGGGUCCUGAGCAGCCCCUCUGGGGAGAUGGGAUCCCUGACACACACACACCCACCCCCCCACCUCUCUAGCCCAAUUCACCCCAGGUGGGAUGGGGGGGCGGAAGGCCUUCCCGGUUCCAGGGCCCCUCGGCCACCUCAGCUCCCUCUCGGAGCGGUCUGGAUAGGUAGGGCCUGGUUUCUGAGGCCAGGAAGGGCUGGGCCCGAUCCUUGUCCUUGCAACCAGGGCCUCUGAAGAGGAGACCCCAGGGGGCAAAAUCAGGGCUGGGGGGGGCCCGGGGGGCUGCCUCAGUGGAAGGCAGCAUCCUCCGUGGGGCCCCCUCUGCGUGAGAGAGGACAGACAAGAAGAAGCGGGGAGAGAGAAAGUGGGGGUGGGAGAGGGACCCCCCCCCACCCCAAGCCCAGUGGGUGAGGCAGGAGUGUGAGGCCAUGGAGCUGCCCCCCCCUUAGAGGAACGGGGUGGGGGGGUUUUCUCUCCUGGACCCAGGUCUCUCUCUCUCUCUCUCUCUCUCUCGUUCUCUUAUUUCCCAAACAAGGGCCGCCACCGGGGAAGGGAGCCGACCCCAUCCUGCUUGAGUUGUCAGGCUAAAUAUUUUGAGUGUCCUACUUGAAAACAAGCUUUGGCUCCACUCCAGCCUUGGCGUUGAACCCUCCAUCCUUCAGCCCCACCAAGUGCACCGGGGGGGGGCGCGAUGGAAGGAAGUGUGUGCAUGGGCUUGCGCGCCCUGAUGGCCCCUCCCCAGUCCUGCCUGCUGCCUGUGCGUGCGCGCGCACACACACACACACACACACAAACACGCCUGGGCCAGGCUGUCUCCAUCCUUCCAGCUGCCUCAGUUGCACAGGUGUGGGAUUUGUGGAGUGCCAGGGGCCAAGAGGAUGGGCCGUGGGGAGAUGCCAGCUGGAGGGCCUGGCUGAUUUCCCCCCCCNAGACAGACAGACAGACACACACACACAAGUAGCAACAGAUUUGACGGCCUGGGGAGAGCAGGAUGCCCGCCGCCUUCCAUUGGUGGCCACAAGAGCAGGAGGACCGGGGCACUUCUGGCUGAGAGUGAAGACCGUCCGUCCGACCCGACCUUCCCCCCGCCCCCCCGCCAGCCUGCCAAAGAUCUAGGCGGUCCUGGGUGCCCUUCUGUGCCGCCUGCCCUUGCCGUGAGGACCCAUGGAGUGGAAGGCCCCCCCUGGAGAAGCCCUCUUCAUCCUCCUCUGCCUCUUCUGCGUGGGCCCUGGACCCGUGGCUUCGGAAAUCUGCGGGAGCAUGGACCUCCGGGUGGACGUCUCCCAGCUGCGGCGGCUGGAGAACUGCAGCGUGGUGGAGGGCAGCCUGCAGAUCCUGCUGAUGUUCACCAGCCGGAGCGAGGACUUCCGCCCGCUCAGCUUCCCCCGCCUGGUCCUGAUCACGGAGUACCUGCUGCUCUUCCGGGUCUACGGGCUGGAGAGCCUGCGGGACCUCUUCCCCAACCUCUCCGUCAUCCGGGGCAGCAGCCUCUUCUUCAACUACGCCCUGGUCAUCUUCGAGAUGCCCCACCUGCGGGACAUCGGCCUCUCCAGCCUGACCCACCUCCUGAACGGCUCGGUGCGGGUGGAGCGCAACCAGGAGCUCUGCCACAUCUCCACCAUCGACUGGGGGCUGCUGCAGCCCCCCCACUCCCUCGAGCACAACAUCUUCCUCCACAACAAGCCCGCGGAGGAGUGCGCCGACGUCUGCCCGGGCAUCCUGGACGUGGAGAAGCCCUGCGUCCAGACCCUGAACGCCCUCAGUGGGCAGCUGGAGUACCGUUGCUGGACCUCCAGCAGCUGCCAGAGAGUGUGCCCCUGCAAAGCGGGAGGCGGCGCCUGCAGCAGCUCUUCCUCCCCGGAGUGCUGCCACCCGGAGUGCCUCGGGGGCUGCAGCCGGCCUCGGGACCGCCACGCCUGCGUGGCCUGCCGCCACUUUGACUUCAACGGGCGCUGCCUCAGCUCGUGCCCGGAGCGCACCUACGAGUACGAGGGGUGGCGCUGCAUAACGGCCGAGCACUGCGCCAGCCUGCGCAAGGUCUCCGAGAACCCCCGCGACUCCUCCCGGUUCGUCAUCCACGGGAGGCGCUGCCUGGCCGAGUGCCCCUCGGGCUACACCAGGAACGAGAGCAGCAUCUUCUGCCACAAGUGUGAGGGGCUCUGCCCCAAGGAGUGCAAAGUGGGGACCAAGACCAUCGACUCCACCCGGGCGGCCCUGGACCUGGCCGGCUGCACCCUCGUGGACGGCAGCCUCAUCCUCAACAUCCGCCGUGGGGAUCACCUGGCCUCGGCCCUGCAGGGCAGCCUGGGCCUCAUCGAGACCAUCACGGGCUUCCUGAAGAUCAAGCACUCCUUCGCCCUCAUCUCCCUCUCCUUCUUCAAGAACCUCCGACUCAUCCGGGGGGAUUCCAUGGUGGACGGGAAUUACACGCUCUACGUGCUGGACAACCAGAACCUCCAGCAGCUCUGGGACUGGAGCCACCACACCCUCUCCAUCCCGGUGGGAAAGGUGUACUUUGCCUUCAACCCCCGGCUGUGCCUCUCCGAGAUCUACCGGAUGGAGGAGAUCACCGGCACCAAGGGCAGGCAGAACAAGGCAGAGAUCAACCCCCGGACCAACGGAGACCGAGCCUCCUGCAAAACCCAGACCCUGCGCUUUGUGUCCAACACCACUGAGGCGGACCGCAUCCUCCUCAAGUGGGAACGCUACCAGCCCCCGGAGUAUCGGGACCUCCUGAGCUUCGUGGUCUACUACAAGGAGUCGCCCUUCCAGAAUGUGACGGAGUACGUGGGGCAGGACGCCUGUGGGGCAAACAGCUGGAAUGUGGUGGACGUGGAGUUGCCCCUGAGCAGCGACCAGGAGCCAGGGGUGAUCCUGCAGAACCUCAAGCCGUGGACCCAGUAUGCCAUCUUUGUGCGGGCCAUCACCCUCACCACCGCCGAGGAGGGCCGCAACUACGGGGCUCAGAGUGAAGUGGUUUACAUCCGGACAUUGCCAGCAGCCCCCACGGUGCCCCGAGAGGUCAUCUCCAUGUCCAACGCCUCCUCCCACCUCAUCGUGCGCUGGAAGGCCCCCACCCAGCCCAACGGGAACCUCUCCUACUACCUGGUCUUGUGGCAGCAGCUGGCGGAGGAUGCCGAGCUCUUUGUCAAUGAUUACUGCCCUCCAGGCCUCCGGCUGCCCACCAGCAGCGCCGACACGCGCUUUGACACGGACGAGGGGAAGGGCGAGGAGGAGGAGGAGGAGGCCGAGCGCUGCUGCCCCUGCCAGAGCCCCGUCGGGCAGACCCUGCCCGGGGCGGAAACCAUCUCCUUCCAGAAGAAGUUCGAAAACUUCCUCCACAACUCCAUCAUCAUGCCCAGGCCCCCCUGGAAAGUCACGUCCAUCAACAAGAGCUCCUACCGGAUCCCCAAGAGGCGGAGGGACACCUUUGCAGCCGGCCACGUGGGCCACGCGUUCAUCAACAUGUCCUCGUCUCUGGAGGCCCAGCGGAGCCGACAAGCCCCCGGCCGCCCAGAGCCGGAUUUCCGGCUGUUUGAGGACAAGGUGGUGAGGGAGCGAACCGCCCUGCCGAACCUGCGCCACUUCACCGAGUACCGGAUCGACAUCCACGCCUGCAACCACGCCGCCCAGACGGUCGGGUGCAGCGCGGCCACCUUUGUCUUCGCCAGGACCAUGCCGGAGCCUCAAGCUGACAACAUCCCCGGGAACGUGACUUGGGAGCCGGCCAGCAGGAACAGCAUCCUCCUCCGCUGGGAAGAGCCCAGGAGGCCCAACGGCCUCAUCCUGAAGUACAACGUCUACGUGCUUUUGACCCUCAUGCCUGUCAUCCUGAUGGUGGGCAUCGCGUGCCUGGCCGUCUUCGUCUUUAUGUACAACAAGAAAAGGAGCACGGAGGGAUACCCCAGCGGCACCCUCUACGCCUCCGUCAACCCCGAGUACUUCAGCACGUCUAACAUGUACAUCCCGGACGAGUGGGAGGUCCCGCGGGAGAAGAUCACGGUGCUGCGGGAGCUGGGCCAAGGGUCCUUCGGGAUGGUCUACGAGGGGGUGGCCCGGGGCCUCGAGCAGGAGGGCGAGGAGGAGACCAGGGUGGCCCUGAAGACCGUCAACGAGCUGGCCACCAUGCGGGAGCGGAUCGAGUUCCUGAACGAGGCCUCUGNCACAAAGUGCUUUGAACUCCACUCUGCCAACCACGUGGUUCCUGCUGCCGGCCCACAGGUCCGCCUGCUGGGGGUGGUGUCGCAGGGCCAGCCGGUCCUGGUCAUCAUGGAGCUGAUGACACGAGGAGACCUGAAGAGCUACCUCCGUUCCCUCCGGCCGGAGGCUGAGAAUAACCCCGGCCGGCCUCCCCCCUCGCUGAAGGAUAUGAUCCAAAUGGCCGGCGAGAUCGCCGAUGGCAUGGCCUACCUCCACGCCAAGAAGUUUGUGCACCGGGACCUUGCGGCCCGCAACUGCAUGGUGUCGGAAGGCUUCACCGUGAAGAUCGGAGAUUUUGGCAUGACCAGGGACAUCUAUGAGACCGACUACUACCGCAAGGGGGGGAAAGGGCUGCUCCCCGUCCGCUGGAUGUCCCCGGAGGCCCUGAAGGACGGGAUCUUCAACACCCACUCCGACAUCUGGUCCUUCGGGGUGGUGCUCUGGGAGAUCGCGACCUUGGCGGAGCAGCCCUACCAGGGCUUGUCCAACGAGCAGGUGCUGCGCUUCGUGAUGGACAGCGGCGUCCUGGAGAGGCCGGAGAACUGCCCAGAGAAGCUCCACGAGCUCAUGAGGUGGUGCUGGCAGCAGAACCCUCGCCUCCGCCCGUCCUUCAUUGAGAUCCUGGAGAGCAUCGGAGAGUUCAUGAGCCCCAGCUUCCGCGCUCACUCUUUCUUCUACAGCUCGCAGGAGAAGCGUGGCAGCUCCUCAGAGGCUUUGGAAGCCGAGAAGCAGCAACUGCUGGCCGGGACGGAGGAGAAGGAGGAGGAGUGGGAAGAACCCGCCCGGUCUCCCCAGGCCUCUCCCCCCAGCGGCAGCCCCCAGCGUGCUCCAGGCCUCUGCGAGAACCAGAGCUAGCCCACGGCCGGCUGCCACGCCGAGGGGAAGAAGCCACACCUCUGAAGAGGGCUCGCACAGAGAGAAGGCCGCGGACUUCCUCCCUCUCAGGGACAGGGGCCUCUGGACUGCCUGCCCGCCUGCCCGCCCAAGAAGGGCUGCUUUCUGACACCUUGGGCCUCUCUGCCGCCUGCCCAGAAGGAGGAUGCGGGUGGCAGAAGGAAGGACCCCUGGAGCACAGAGGAUGUGGGGACAAAACCCGGAGGCGGGAGUGGCGAGGGGGGGCUUCCACGGAGAGCAGCGACCACGUUUUGCAAGAACCUCCCUCUCCUACGUCCUGCCGCAUGGCGUGGAAGACCAGAUGUGGGCCAAAGACCCCUUCCUCCAGAUCAGGGACAGGGGCUGGGGUGUAGCUAGCAAGGCCGGCCGGCCGACGAGGGAUCCUUGGUGCUCUGGGCGCUUCAGUUGGAAGCGCUUACUGGACUCGCCUUGCUCCUGGUUGGGAUCCCGAUGGCGAGAGAACGACGGACUCCCUGGAAAGGAGGUGAGGUCUCAUGGGCUGGAGGACGGUGGAGGGUUGGAGGGGGCAGACGGUAGGCGAGGGUGGUGGGCAGCAAACGGGAAGGGACUCGAGGCAAGCUCUGCUUCAGCUGCCAAACACAUGGUCGGUCCACCGGUGUGGCUUCCUCCUCCUCCUCCUCCUCCUCCUCCUCUUCCUCCUUCUCCACUGAGGAAUGCAAACGGACUCGGGCGCCUCUAGAAGAGGAGGGUCUCUCCACCCAGCUGUGCAGAGAGAGCUCAGAGGCACAAGAUUUUAAUAAAACUCCCUUUUUCCUACGGAGACAAGAA